AUGGACUUACUAUAUUAGAUUAUGCCAAAAGUGCUAUUGAAUACUUUGUUAAAAAGAGAACUAAGAAUCCAGAAUACCAAGUAUGAUCAAUACCAUCUUUUUUCGUCUAAUUCUUCAAUCUCAACUUGGAUACAUGAUGUUGGCCAUUUUUUACAAAGAAUUAAAACAGUGUAACCAUAAUUUGAGACCAAUUUCAAUUUAGAAGAGUGUUUCCACAAUUUAAACAAAUUUAGAACAUUAAAUGGAACUGAUAAUCUAUAUGGUGGAAGAGAUGUCUAAAAGAUAGAGUCAUCAAUAGUGUUAGUUUUUACUAAUCGGGAGUACUCAGGCCUAGAUUUCCAUAAAUUGAUAAGAUGGGAUUAUAGACUUCUUGUAUUUUUGAUCUAACCACCAGGUAUUGAAGAGUCUACACCAGUCUAAAUAUAAACUAAUUGGCAUAACAUCGCUUAAUCAAUAGGAUAAGGUGUCUGUUUUGAAAUUUAAGAUUACAAUAUUCUCUUCUAAAUUUUAGAUGAUCCUAAAUUGAUCUCCCCUCAAAUCUCUCUUUAAUUAACAAUGUUAGAUCAAACGAUUAGAUAUGAAGAAAUCUAAUCUGUGAUUGAAAAAACUAAAAUAGAAGUACAUCCCCCAUAAAAUUCUUGGUUAGUUAGAUCUAUUUAGAAAAUUAAUUAGCAAUUUGCUUAAGCUAGAUUAAGAUGUGCUCCUCAUGUUAAUAUCUUCACCAAAGUCUAUUUGCCCGAGUAGUACCCUCUUGUAGAUUUCAAUAAUUAUCCAUCGGUACCUGAAUAUUUUGUUGAUUUCACUGUUACUUUUCAAGCAAGAUUACCAUAGUACAUACCAUUUUAAGAGAUUGUAAUAGAAAAUGCAACUUUAUUAAAAUAUGUUCAGGGUAUAACAACAAACAAGAGUAAAUUAUUACAAUUUCCAAUAUUCUAUCAAGAAUAAAGAGAUGAAUAAGUAACAAAAUACUUAGUUGGUUUGUUUCUAUUUUCAUCAAGUCAAAACACUAUGGAAUUAAGAUUCUAUUUUCCAAAUUUUUACAUUUAUUCUGAACUCUUGACUCAGUUAGUAAAUACGAGAGAUGAUGCACGAAGAUCUGUAGAGUCAAAAUUUCUAUAAUAUUUGUAAACAAUCCCAAAUUAUUAUGCUCCAUGCAUUAAAAAGAAUCUAGCAGAAUAAAACAUCUAAAUUUCUAGAUAUCUGUUAUUCUUAAUAGAUGAAACAAAUCAGUAGUUGUAUAUGUAAAAAGUUAAAACAUAUCAAGCAAAAGUGCAAAAAAUAAAAAAGAUGGCUGAUGAAGAAAACUAUAAAAAUAGAUAAUCACAUAUUUCUAAAAAGAGUAUUUGUUGUGCUGCUUUCAGUGAAAACUAUUAGACAGGGUUUCAGGAAUAAAUUAAAUGCGAAUUUAGAUAAGUUACUUAAUCAACAAAGGAUAUCAAUUUUAAUAAAUUCUUACCUUAAUUUGAAAUUCAAUCAUGUUUACCCCAAAUGCCAAUAGUUCAACCAACAUUAAGAAAUGUGGAUUUGGAUUUUGAUGAAGCAGAGAUAAGAUUGGAACCUUAAUUUUGUGGGAAUCCUUGGAAAUUACAAAGAAAAACCUAUAAAGAUGGCAUUGAAAUAAAGAAUGAAUAAGAUGAAUAUCAAUUUGAAGAUAUGAUCUUAACAAGGGUUGAUUCUGAAAACUAAUCUCAGGUGAAGAAUAGGAGAAAAGGAUUUAUGAGAUUAAAGGAUAUCCAAGAAGGGAAUCAUAAAAAAUCAACAAUUGAACAACCUCAAAUGGAAAUUGAAGAUUUUCAAACUGAAUCCCAACCAUGCACCAAUAAUAAUAAAUAUGGAUGUAUCAAAUAUAAUCCUUGUUAUCAAGCUAAAUUUAAAUUGAUUGUAUAAAGCAAAUUGAGCAAUCUAUUAUCCACAAAUAAUUCAUAAUCCACCAACAAUUGAAGCUCAAAAAGUAACAAUAAUUAUUACAAUUUUCUAUUAGUAGUGUUAAAUAAGAAUUGUAUACUUAUUUUGUCAAAAUAAUUUUUCUUCAUUUUACUU